AUGAGUGAAAGCGCUCACUGCAGCCCACCAGCAUCGCACCUCCCGUUCGGUGGUGCAUCCUCACAGACAAGCCUUCCAGAUGGAUUGCGUCCCUUCCUAGGCCUCGGGCCCCGUAUGCUGCUCACCACAAUCUCCCCCGCCCUCCUACCCCUCAUGUUCACCGUGGUGCACCUGAUCGCAACCCGAAGUAGUACAGAGAAGCUGGCCGCAACCCUGAAAGACAAUGUCAUGGCCGCCUGCAACGGGAUCGCGAGCGGAGCGGGCAGCCUCCAAGCGAUUCCUCGCUACUUGGCUAUGCAGACCAACAGGGAGGUCCUCCGGGCCACGCGAGCUACUGUGAUGGCUGCGGGCGAGGUGCUGAUGGUGUGUCUGACGAUCAUCGAAAAGGUUAUCGGAUUUAUCAUCGACAUGUACCGUAGCUUACUGCUGUGUACCAUCCAGCUGGUAGUGCACACAGCCAUGGCUAUCAUCAUUGGGGCUAUCGAUUUGGUGAGUGAGCCUGCGCCAUGGCGGCUGACAAGUCUGCAGGUCAAGGAAGGCAUCGGCAGCAUCAGCAGUACAAUCCAGUCCGCUAUUCAGAAGCUUGUCGAAGUGCUUAAUGAUCUGCCUCUCGUCAAUUUCUCUAUCCCAAAGCUCCCAUCCCUUGACGACCUCGAAGAGAAACUUGUGCCUUCGUCUAUCCAGAACAGCGUGCGCGAGUUUAACGCGUCGUUGCCAACCUUGAACGACUUCCGGAAUUUGACGGACACCUUGCUCGCCGUUCCAUUUGACAAGCUGAGGAAGGAGAUCAACGAAACGCGCUGGGAGAUUGCGAAUAACCUCAACGACUCUCUCUUCCCGGUGCCGUCAUUGAAGCAGCUUGGCUCCGAAGACGGCAAAGCUCUGCAGAAGGAGCUGUGUGGAGACCUCGACACAUCUGUCAUCGACGAUACGGCCAAGGCCCUUUACAAUCUCGGAACAGCAGGCAUCGUUGCCCUCUGCCUGAUUAUCGUCUUCGGCUUCGCAGCACUCGCCCUCUGGCAAUGGUUGGAGUGGAAGGCGAUCACUGCGAGUGUAGAAGUCAUCGAGAGCAACGGUGUCCGAGACCCUUGGACAGUCGUCGCCAUCGUUGAGCAUCCGGUGAUGGAGCAACGGGUUCAGCCUCUCCUCGAUCGAUGGACUUUGACCCCUCGAACAAGGAACAACAUCCGCUGGUUCAUUUCCUAUCUCGCACACCCUACAUGCCUUGCACUACUGUUUAUGUCCGUGGUUGGUCUCAUCGUCAUUCAAGCUCAGACCGCUGCGCUCCACGCGCUGGAGAGACAAGCCCGGUCCGACGCGAGUUCGUUCGUUGCAGCCUCCUCGAAGCAGCUCGUGGACAAACUGAACGGAGCCUACCUGAACGCGUCAAGGGAGUAUGCCGUAGGCCUCAACAAAGCCCUGGCCUCCGUGGAAGACGACAUCAACAACCGAAUGUUCGGGCACUGGAUCAACACAACAUCGCUGCAGCUGAACGAGACGGUUGUCGAAUUCUACGCCGACAUCGAAAGCUUCCUGACCAAGGCACUGAACAACACGUUCCUGCACGACCCCAUGCAGGAGUUUCUGCGCUGCGUGCUCGGUGACAAAGUUGAUGCGCUCGAGAAAAGCUUGAAGUGGGUCUCGGAACAUGCGGCUGUGAACUUGUCUCUCGUCCCCGACGUUGUUCUCAUGCUUUCGCCCAGCGCGAUGGAGGAGUUGGCCUCUCCCGUCGCCGCCGCAGCCGUAGGAGCGCCGAAUGGGGAUGACGGAGGUGCUCUGGGGCAGCUCAUCGACCACUUCGAAAGUGCCCUGGCAGCUGAGAGGGCCAUGUACGCCAUCCUGCUUGGUGUGUACGGCGCCUUAGUCCUCAUCGGUCUGUCCAUCGUUGCGUGGCACUCUGGGCUGAAGGAUCGCUAUAAGGGCUGGCGCGCACUCCGAGGAACGCCUGAAGAGUCGUCCUUUGACAACCGUCCGCCGACUCGUACCCCGCCGUCGAACGAAGGCUCGUUCCUCGACAUGGACACGCAGGAGAAGGGCAGGGUCGCUCGUCGUGGCUCCAGCGAUAGCCUCGCUGCUUUCGCUGCUCCUGGCUCAACGUUCUUCCGCCUCCCUCGAUCACCACAACGAACGCCGUCACCGAUACUGUUAAACCCGGCGCCUCGUAACGACUCGCGGACACCCUCGUUCGCGGAUCCGGAGGGAAAGGAGUGCGUCCGAGAAGAGGGUUCGGGGCUCUGGGUCGAUCGUGCAGGUCGUUCCGGCUUCCGCGGGGCACGACUCGGGUUCAUGCGCAACCGCGGUAUCAGAGGACUAGCCAUCAGCAGGCCAGCUCCCCUCGGUCCGAUUUCUGCGACAACGCCGCAGUCGGUACCGCGUUCGCCGUCGCCUCGACUGCCCCUGCCGCCCUGCAUCGAGACUGAGCCGGUCCUGGAAAGGAAGUCUCGGGCCCUGCCUCCGCCGCCGCGACAAGUGACGCCCGUCGAGCGCCACGACGCCGUUGACGAACUUCCCACGCCCGUCCGCACUUCUGAUCCCUUCAGCGACGCCCAGGCUCCGAAGCCGUCUCCGCAAGCCCUGUAA